AAUAUAUCUUGGUACAAACCAAAUCAAGAAGUAAAUAUCAUUUUAGAAAAUACGCUUCAGUGGAAAAAAUAAUAUUUAGCGUCCAGUAACCAAACCGCGGUAAAACUUGUGCUUGUGCUGGCAAAUUAUUGAGAAUUUCUUCUCUUGAUCACGAGUUCAUUAUAGGAUUCACUAUCCAGUAAAAGCUUCGAAUGAAAUUAGAUGUGAAUGAGCAACGUUACACUAAGUACGGCUAAAGUGUGUCAAUCAUGAAUCCACAGCAGUUUUCUUUGCGUUGGAACAAUUACACUUCUUAUAUAGCUGGAGCAUUCGAUUCACUUCGUUAUGAAGAAGAUUUUGUUGAUGUGACAUUGUGUUGCGAAGGGCGAAAGAUACGAGCUCAUAAAAUACUUCUCUCAGCAUGCAGUCCAUAUUUUAAGGAUGUUUUCAAAGAGAAUCCCUGCCAGCAUCCAGUUAUAAUUUUCAAAAAUGUGCGUUACACCGAUCUUAUGUCCCUAGUUGAGUUUAUGUAUCAGGGUGAAGUGAGCGUGCCGCAGGAACAACUACCUUCCUUUCUUCACACAGCCGAAAUUUUGGCUAUAAGAGGACUCACCGACAACACAAAUGAUUCGCGCCAACCGGCAAGCACAACUACAUCAGCCAUCGCUCAACAACUCAUACAAAGUCAAGCGGUAUUAGAAAAACCAGCUACAAUUACCACUACUGACUCUCUGUAUCUUACAUUGCCAUCAAAUUCUACUAUAGUCCAUCAACCAAAGCUUGUACAAGCGCAGAUUCAGACAACUCCUAUCAUAACUAAGCCAAUGAUCAAAAAUACACCUACCGAAAUGCCCUCCUUGGCCGCCUCAUCAACACUUGCAGUGCCAAUUGCUCAACAACAACAACCAGCUAUCGCCAAAAUACAGGUGCAAGCAACGUCCCAGUCACAACAGCCACAACAGGUACAAGUACAAGUACAACAAGUACAACAGACCCAACCACAUCAAACACAGCAAGCGACAACUUCCCAGACUCAAUCGCAAUCCCAACAAGCUACUACUCUACAAGAAGUCGUUGAAAACGUAGUUCUCCCUAGAAAGAAGAAAGUAAAAGGUCAACAGAUAAUUGCAUCACAGUCAAACACAUCUAUACCUUCUGGUUCUACGGUAACAGUUACUACAACGACGACAGGGCAAUCUGGUGACAAUGAAAUGUAUGAGACAGAUACCUAUACUAUCACGACGAAGGAUGCACGAGAAGAUCACGAACAGGCCGAACAGUACGUAGAAAGUGGACAAUCUUCUGGCACUACGUUAAAGAUGGAAAUUCCGGAGUUUAUCAGCGUUGGAGAGCCGAUAAAUACUGGUAACGGCACAAAUAAUACAUACCUCCAAGAAAGCUACGAACUUGUCUCAGAAAAUAUGGAAGAUAAGGACGAGGAGGAAGAUAUGGCGCAGGAUAAUAUUGAGAUAGAAGGAUCUGAAGUGGAUAUGAGUCGUCUUUUCCAGGGAUCAACUGAUGAGCAGACGAAAUCUAACAUUUUACAAGAAGUGUUUGAACAAAAACUGAAAACCAAAAGAUACAAGUGCAAAGAUUGUGACAAAAGCUUCGCCGCCUGGAAAUCGCUCACCAUGCAUCAGCAUAUACACAGGGGUCUCACAAAAUGCACUAUCUGUGGGGCAAUCUUGUCACGCACGGCCAAUCUCAAGCGACAUAUGAAGCUGAAGCACGAGAAAAUUAUAUCAUAAUUGGCUCAUUAAGGUCUUAUCCUGCCACUUGGUUGCUACCUGCCCUUAUGCUUUGAACAAGGGGUCAUCACCGUGUAUUAUCGAUUGUAACAGGUAUUGUAUAUGACACAGUGUUGACUCAUCUUAUCAGCCAAAUACAGUUUACUAGAUACACUGGUUAAUACGAAUAAUAUUACAUAUUACGAAUAAUAUUGCAUAAAACAUUUGCGAUCUAUUGCAUAUGUUUCGUGUUACCAGUUGAAGCACGCAAAUCAAUUCAUGGCUGAAGAUGGGCAUUGAAAUCAACCAAGGUUGUACAGUUUUUGUAUGAAUUUGAUUGAACAUUAUUUAUGAUGUAAAAUAAAUGUUUUUAUAGUAUCAUUUUUUCUAUUUUGCUUGUUUUGGUCAUCCGCUAAACAAGAUCAAACAGUCCACGAGCUAAGAUGUACUGUUCAGAUGUACCUUCAAACAAGAUCAAACAGUCCACGAGCUAAGAUGUACUGUUCAGAUGUACCUUCAUAAUGUUUAGAGGGUUUUUGAGUGAAAAAAUAAUAUAAAAUACAAUUAAGAAGAACAAAUAGUGGCAGAUAUUCCAUAAAACGCAUACUCCAAGCUAAAUUCGAGCUUGGAUACCUUGCUUUAAGAAUAUGAUUAUUGGGCAAGACCACACAUCAGUGCACUAAGAUAUGCGGAUAAUGCGGAGUGAAUUGCUAGGUUUUCUACAUGUGGCUAGUGUGCGAUGCGCACAUGGUAAUAAGUGCUCGUACAUCAUUUACAGAUAUAGACAAAAUAAACUUCAAGCAAAAUCGAAAGGCUGC